AUGCUACAACUCUUCGUCGCAUGGAAGGCCUCGAUCGGCCUAGGAGCGGUCGUGACGCUCGUGGGCGUGCUCACCCCUUUCCAGGCCACUUCGUCGUCGAUGCGUGUCGUUGCCGCCGCAUCGUCCGGCAGUGGAACGGGGAAGGCGAAUACGUUCGAGAUUGUUGGUUUAACGGGGUCAGUUCGAAAAGGGGGUUCAGUGAGACCGUUUCGAUAACGUUGCUAAUGAGUUGUGUUCCAUUCGUCCUACAGAGUCAGCGCUCAGCAACUGUUUUUGGGGGUGAGUUAGCGAUCGCGAUCCGUGCGGAGACGGGUGUGCCCGUCCAGACUGUAGAGCUGACUUGCUUGGUGUAUAUCUACAGACCGAAAAACGAGUCAGUUGGAGAUGUCACAUGUCACCGCGCUCGCAGUACACUCAGAUGUAAUCCUGACCUUGGCAGGUUUACGUUGUCGACAAAACCGAGAAUAAUAGUCGGUCCUUCGCAAGCUAUUUGGGAGUCCCAUCUUGAACAAGUCAACGCUGACGGGGUACCUCCGCUCCUUUAUUUCGUACUUCGGGUGUAGCGGCCCAGAUUCAAGGGCGUCCAGUCGUAAGUAUCUUCCUCCGGACGGCGCUGCCACUGGGCUUCGAAUUGCUGAAUCGAGGAUGGAAUUCACCAGUGGGCGACCGAAUACAGGCUCGAGAACAACACCUACCGAUCCAUGAAAGUCGUAACCAACUCCUUCUGCGCCGGCGGCAAUGUUCUCGGUAACGGGCUCUGGCUCAACGUCGGUGGUAACCAAGCCGUUGACAAGAAGGGUAAAUCGACGGGCACAAAAGAGGGCUCGUACCAUGAAGAAGCGGGAGGGAGGACGGUCAGGCUCCUCAAGCCCACUGAUGAUGGAACGGCUGAGUGGAUCGAGGAUGAUUAUGGUAUGCCUAUCAAUCGUUGGUAUCCCUAUGUUGAAACCCUGGGAAAUGGAACGGCGAUGAUCAUUGGUGGUGAGUUGCCUCUGGCUAUAAUUAUUGUUAUUUUAGCCUCUGCCUGACUUGAUGAAUUUGAUAUUCUUACAGGCGAGUUGUGGGGUGGCUUUGUUGACGCGAAAAAGGAGAAGCAGAACGUUUCGUCAAUGUCAGUAUUUACACGCCGAGAUCGCAUAAUCUCGGAUGUAAAGCUGACCCCCAAGACCUCUUCAUGGCUACGCUGGGACCGCAGCGAAUUCUGGCCCUCUGUUGGCGCACCGAAGUUUUCGCCUUUCCUCGCCGGCAGCGGACCCGCCAACCUGUACCCACUGGUAUAUCUCCUCCCGGAUGGCCAAGUGUUCAUGCAAGCGGAUUGGAAGGCCCAGAUUCUCGACCUUGUAACGUGGCAAGAAUCGCCUUUGGACAACGUUCCGCACGCACAGAGGACGUAUCCUGCUUCGGCAGCGACGACGGUGUUGCCCCUGACGCCGGCGAACAACUACACCGUGACGCUCCUGAUGUGCGGCGGCAUGAACCCCAAGCGAGACGAUUGGGACGUCACAAAAUGGAAGAUCGCCGACACGCCCACAUCCAAGUCUUGCGUGUCCAUUACUCCCAAGGAUGGUGCAAAGUGGGUUGAGGAGGACGACCUCCCCGACAACCGCGGCAUGGGCAACUUCAUCAUCUUACCCACCGGCAAGCUGCUGCUGCUCAACGGCGUCGGUCGAGGCUCGGCUGGAUACGGAAGCUUGCCCUGGGCGAUCGGGCAAUCCUUUGCCCAGGAUCCUGUUCUUCGACCGGUAAUCUACGACCCUUCGGCCCCCAAGGGUUCCCGCUUCACGGUCGAAGGCCUGCCGACGUCCACCAUCCCUCGUAUGUACCACUCGUCCGCAACGCUUCUUUCAGAAGGUUCGGUCCUCGUCGCGGGUAGUAAUCCCAAUGGUGAUGUCACGACGGAGGAGAACAACCCGACCGUCCCAUUCAAGACCGAGUACCGAGCCGAGAAGUUCUACCCGUCGUGGUACGACAUGGUCCGACCCGAACCGAGUGCGAUACCCUCCAGUCUUUCGUAUGGAGGUGAACUCUUCCAGUUCAACCUCCCCGCUUCGACCUUCACCGAUGCUGCGGGCCCGGAUAGCAUUCGAGUUGCGCUCAUUCGUACGGGAUUCUCGACGCACGCGAUGAAUAUGGGGAUGAAGUACAUCGAGUUGCGCAGCACCUACACCGUCCAUGACGAUAACUCAGUCACCGUAAACUUAGCUCAACUGCCUGCCAACCCCAACUUGUUCCAACCUGGUCCCGCAUUGUUCUUUGUCGUCGUCAAGGAAGUGCCGAGUAUCGGCCGUCUCGUGAUGGUCGGCAAUGGAAAGCUGGGCCAGCAGCCCGUCGCGAAGGACACGGUCCUCCCCGCGAGCAGUGGGAAAAUCACACUCACUAACUCUGGUGCAGGUUCGGGACCCAGUCCCAAUGUCAGCGCGCGCCCAGGAUCCAACACAAGCUCACACGCCCUCAUAGGAGUGGUCGGACAAGUCGGGAGCAGUCUUUCGCUUGUCGAAUCCGUCGGUUCCGCGAAUGAUUCGUCUUCUAUGCCCGGAAUGGACAUGUCGAACAACAACGGCAGCAUGAGCAGCAUGAACACGCCCAGUUCGUCGGCUUCCAAGAACACGCUUGCGACGCUCUCGGUGCAAGGUUUGAUCAUCGGUUUGGCCGCUUGGCUCCUGGCUUGA